CUGGCAUCUCUGGGCAAUACAGCCCAAGUAGCGGUGCCAUCAAUCUGCAUCAUCUCAAUUGAGGAAGAUCCAUAGAAGGAAGGAGAAAACAUCACACAGUUUCGUACCUGGAAUAACAUUACGGCAAUAGCGUGCGGUUUUUUCUUAGAUAAAUAAGUCCCAACCAGGCACGGGAUGUCAUCAAAGGACUAUAGAAGAAAAACAGCCAAGUAGCUCAGUAGCAUCUUCCAUCACAACAAACGAUUUUCCAGAUCAAAAUAAAUACUUGAUUUGUACAGAACAAAAGUUAGUAAUAGUUGCAGGAUAAGUUAUAAUUUGAAGGGGAACCUAACCAAAUAUGUCCGUCGAUACCGAAGAAAAGCCGUUCGUUAGUGAUGUGCGUGACAAUGGAAUUCGAAAUACUGAAAAGGAUUGCCAGCUCAAUGUUCAUACCGUCAAACGAUUGUACAAAUGCACUGAAUGCGGAAAAGAUUUCCACAAUCAAAUAAAUCUUAAUCGGCAUAUGUACCUUCACACUGGGAAGAGUCCGUUCAAAUGCACUGUAUGCGGAAAAUGCUUUGUUUCCAACAGUAUCUUGAUCACACACAUGACUACACACACGGGCGAUUAUAAACAUGUGUGUGAUGUAUGUGGCAAAGGAUUUGUGCACAGAUCGCGUUUUAAUGACCACAAAUACAGCCAUACUGGAGAGCGACCUUACAAGUGCACGGUAUGCAAAAAAGAUUUUAAAUCCAAACCGAAUUUCGACGUACAUAUGCUGAUUCACACAGGAGAUCGUCCGUACAAAUGCACUGUAUGUGGAAAAAGUUUUGCACUUAAAUAUCGUUUGACUGUACACAAAUCCACGCAUACGGGUAAUUAUAAGUAUACGUGUGACGUGUGCGGCAAAGGAUUCGUGCGAAGUUCACGCUUGAUAGACCACAAAUACAGUCAUACCGGAGAGCAGCCUUACAAAUGCACGGUAUGCGAAAAAGAUUUUAAAACUAAACCGACUUUGAACAGACAUAUGCUGAUUCACACAGGAGAUUGUCCGUACAAAUGCAUUGUAUGUGGUAAAAGUUUUGCACAUAAAUAUCGCCUGAUUGCACACAAAUCUACACACACGGGCGAUUAUAAGUAUACUUGUGACGUGUGCGGCAAAGGAUUCGUGAACAGUUCACGCUUGACAGAUCACAAGUUCAACCAUACGAAAGAGCGGCCAUAUCAAUGCACUAUAUGUGAAAAAGAUUUUACCACUCAGAAUUACCUAACCCAACACAUGUUGCUUCACACGGGUGCUCGACAUCAAUGUGAAGUGUGCGGCAAUAAAUACCAUAGGAAAUUUUAUUUGAAAUUGCACAAACGCAUUCAUUCAUCUGAUCAGUCGACUGAUCCGUUACCAAUGGAAACAACAGAUCACGAUAGUGACAUUCUAGUAAAACAGGAAAAUAUAAUAACAAUUGAACCAACGAAACUCGAUGACAAUGACAACGUAAAUAAACAAGUUUGUACCAAUGGUUACUGCGAUGAUCUAGAUGAUAAAGUAUCCUGUCAGCUACAAGAUGUUAUGCCAGAGAUGGAACACAAGUGUCAGAUUUGUGAUGAAUACUUUGCUAACAAAGAUGAUCUUCAUGAGCAUGCCUCAGCUCAUGAAAGCGAACGACCAUUUAGUUGUAAUAUUUGCGGGCAAAGAUACGAACUGAAGGAUCACCUAACCAAGCAUAUAACCGAGCAUAAUGAGGAAAAACCGUUCUCCUGUCCUAGUGAUUGCAAAUGUGAUGUGUGCAGCAAAGAAAUUCGUAACAAGCGAACAUUGAAGUUCCACAACAAUAUUCAUACCGGAGAGCGGCCGUUCAAAUGCACUGUAUGCGGAAAAAACUUUGUUACCAAAAGUGUCCUAAGCAUACACAUGUCUACACACACGGGUAAUUAUAAGCAUAGUUGUGAUGUAUGUGGCAAAGGAUUUGUGUAUAAAUCACGUUUGGAUGAUCACAAAUACAGUCAUACCGGAGAGCGGCCAUACAAAUGCACUGUGUGUGGAAAGAUUUUUUCGACUAAAGUUACUCUAAGUUUACAUUUCUCUUCACACACGGGUAACUAUAAGUACGAGUGUGAUGUUUGUGGCAAAGGAUUCAUGCAAAGAUCAGGUUUGGAAAAACACAAAAGUAGUCAUACGGAAGAGCGACCUUACAAAUGCACAAUAUGCGAAAAAGAUUUUAAAACCAAACGGUAUUUUGACGCACAUAUGACGUUUCACACAGACGAGCGGCCUUACAAGUGCGCUGUAUGUGGAAAAAGUUUUGCCUUUAACUAUCGCCUGACUGCACACGAAGUCACACAUACAGGCGAUUAUAAGUAUACGUGUGACGUGUGCGGUAGAGGAUACGUGCGACGUUCACGCUUGAUAGACCACAAAAAGAGUCAUAUGAAAGAGCGGCCUUAUCACUGCACUACAUGCGGAAUAGGUUUUGCAACUAAAGAAAGCCUAAUCAAACAUAUGUCGAUUCACAUGAGAAGUCAACAUAAAUGUGAAGUGUGUGGCAAACAACACUCUAGAAAAGUUAGUUUGAAAUUGCACAAAUGCACUCAUACAUCUGAUCAGUCGAUUGAUCCGUUACCAAUCGAACCGACAGAUCACGAUCGCUUGAUUCCAGCCAAACAGGAGAAUAUAACAAUUGAACCAACAAAACUCGAUGACAAUGACAAGAUCAAUGAACAAACAACCAUCAAUAGCAACAGCGACGCAUUCGAUUUACAACCAAACCCACACGAUCCUGUUGGCAGCAAUGAGUUUGAUCAAUUUGAACAAGUAUCCUUCCUGCUACAGGAUGUCGUGUCAAAGAAGGAACACAAAUGUCAUAUUUGUGGUGAAUACUUUACCGACAAGAACGAUCUCCGUGAGCAUGCCUCAGUUCAUGAAAGUGAGCAAGCAUUUAGUUGCGAUAUUUGCGGACAAAGUUACGAAUCGAAGGAUCAUCUAACCAAGCAUAUGACCGAGCAUAUUGAGUGUCCUAGUGAUAAAUACAAAUGUGAUGUGUGUGGCAAAGAGUUUCGUGACAACCAAACAUUAAAGUUCCACAACAGUAUUCACACCGGAGAGCGACCGUACGAAUGCACAGUAUGCGGAAAAAGCUUUGGUACAAAAAGUAUCCUAAGGACACACAUGUCUACACACACGGGAAAUUAUAGGCAUAGUUGUGAUGUAUGUGGUAAAGGAUUUGUGCACAGAUCGAAUUUGAAUGACCAUAAAUACAGUCAUACCGGAGAGCAACCUUACAAAUGCACUGUGUGUGGAAAGAUUUUUUUGUCUAGCAAUACUCUUAGUAUACACUUCUCCUCACACACGAGUGAUUAUAAAUACGAGUGUGAUGUGUGUGGCAAAGGAUUCAUGCAAGAAUCACGUUUGAAACACCACAAAAAAAAUCAUACGGAAGUGCGACCUUACAAGUGCACCGUAUGUGAAAAAGAUUUUAAAGCUAAACAGAAUUUUAACGCACAUAUGCUGAUUCACACAGGCGAGCGAUUUUACAAGUGCGCUGUAUGUGGAAAAAGUUUUGUCACUAACAAUCGCCUAAUUGCACACAAAUCCACACACACGUCUGAUAAUAAGUAUACGUGUGACGUGUGCGGCAAAGAAUUUGUAAACAGUUCACGCUUGCUAUACCACAAAUACAGCCAUACGGAAGAGCGGCCUUAUCAUUGCACUAUUUGCGGAAAAGGUUUUAUCACUAAAGGUAACCUAAUCGUACACACGUCAUCUAUUCAUACGAGGAGUCGACAUAAAUGUGAAGUAUGUGGCAAAGAAUACUCUAGAAAAAAUUAUUUGAGAUUGCACAAACGCAUUCAUACAUCUGAUCAGUCAAUUGAUCCGUUACUAAUCAAACCAUUAGAUCACAAUCGCGUCAUACUAGCCAAACAGGUGAAUACAAAAAACGAAUCUACAAAACUCGAUGACAGUGACAAGAUCAACGAACAAAUAAGUACUAAUAGUAACAGCGACGUAUUUGAUUCACUACAAAACCCACACGAUCCUGUUAGCAGCACUGAAACUGAUCGAGAUGAAAAGGUAUCCAGCCAGCUACAGGAUGUUAUGUCAAAGAAGGAACACAAGUGUCAGAUUUGUGGUGAAUACUUUACCGAGAAGAACGACCUCCGUGAGCAUGCCUCAGUUCAUGAAAGCGAGCGACCAUUUAGUUGUGAUAUUUUCGGGCAAAGUUAUGAAUUGAAGGAUCACCUAACCAAGCAUAUGACCGAGCAUAUUGAGUGCCCUAGUGAUUAUAAGCAUAAGCACAAAUGCACUGUAUGCGAAAAAAUCUUUGUUACCAGCAGUACUCUAAGCGCACACAUGUCUACACAUACGGGUGAUUAUAAACAUGUGUGUGAUGUAUGUGGCAAAGGUUUUGCGCAGAGAACGCGUUUGGAUGAUCACAAAUACAGUCAUACCGGAGAGCGGCCUUACAAAUGCACGGUAUGCGAAAAAGGUUUUAAAACCAAACCGACAUUGGACAUACACAUGCUGAUUCACACAGGAGAUCGUCCGCACAAAUGCACUGUAUGUGGUAAAAGUUUUGCACUCAAACCUCGCCUGACUGCACACAAAUCCACACAUACGGGCGAUUAUAAGUAUACGUGUGACGUGUGCGGCAAAGGAUUCGUGAACAGUUCACGCUUGACAGAUCACAAGUUCAACCAUACGAAAGAGCGGCCAUAUCAAUGCACUAUAUGCGGGAAAGGUUUUAUCACUAGAACUAACCUAAUCGUACACACGGCAUCUAUUCAUACGAGUAGUCGACAUAAAUGUGAAGUAUGUGGCAAAGAAUAUGUUAGGAAACAUAACUUGAAAUUACAUAAACGCAUUCAUUCAUCUGAUCAGUCGAUUGAUCCGUUGCCAAUCGAACCAACAGAUCACGAUAGCGACAUUCUAUCCAACCAGAAGAAUAUCAAAACCGAAUCUACAAAAUUCGAUAACAUUGACAUAAUCGAUGAACAAACAAACACCAAUAGCAAUAGCGACACAUUCGAUUUACAACCAAACCCACAGGAUCCUGUUAGCAGCAAUGAAAUUGAUCUAGAUGAAAAAGUAUCCUGCCACCUUCAGGAUGUUAUGCCAGAUUUGUAAUACAUACUUUGCUAGCAAAGAUGAUCUCCAUGAGCAUGCCUCAGUUUAUGACAGCGUGAUAUUUGCGGGGGACAUAAUAGCAUAAUGAGACAAAUGAAUAGUUCACUGACAGUAUUGACAUGUGGUCUGCUGGCUGUCAUACGUGUCCAAUGAUCUACCUUCCGUCGAAUUCGAAGGUCACCAAAGAUGGAAUUUCUUUCGUGAAGCGCAUGCAUGAAAUAAUAAUGAAGGUUUUCAAUAAACAUUACAGAUCGCAACCGCUAAA